CCCCUGCGGUCUCCGCCGUGGGAUGUGUGUCGGUGUGGUACCGGCUUGCCUGCGGUGCUUGUCCUUUAGUUCAUGCCUCAGCCUCCAAGGCUCGUAAAGUCAACACCGCUAAAACUGGCAAACCUGGACAUAAUCCCUCCCGCCUUUUAAUAAUUGGUCUGGAGACUUCCACCAGCGGAGGGAUGGAGGUGCCUCUGGAGUCGGCUUUGUAAUUCAGGAAGAUUUCCUCGCAGCAAGUUGGAUGAAGGGUGUAACUGCUGCUGAAGGAGGAUUUUAAAGGAGGGCUGAUGACAACAAAAGCAAACUCUCCUGUGACAGCAGGAUCUAUAGUUGUCCCUUUAGGGCAUGUCAUUGGAAACGAGAAGUGGAGAGGCUCGGAGCUGGCCCAAAGGCUACAAGGGAAAGUUAGACUCAUCUUUGAAGAUGGCUUGGGACUGGUGGACUUUCAUCUUCCAAACAGAACUUGCAUUUUACUUAUUUCUGAAGCAGAUUUGGUUGCAGGGGAUGAAUUCAAACGAAGAUUGGUGAAGUUUAGAAAUGCCAGCAGUCUGAGGGGAAUUGUAAUCGUAGAGAAAACCCCAAUCAGUGAUCAGUACUACCUAGGAGUGCAAAAACUUGUGGUACUCGAACUUGGCAUGGUGUUGCUUCCUGUGGCAAAUCAAGGAGAAGCUUCUCAGCUUAUUAUUCAACUAGUGCGGGAGCAGAGCCGGGAUCGCGGCUCCAACCCGUUCGUGGGCCGGCAGCGCGGGCGGCCGGCGGAGCCCGCGGUGCUGCAGGCGCUGCAGCGCAUCCCCGGCGUGGGCAGAACUAAAGCUCUGCUCCUGCUGCAGCGCUUCGGGAGCAUCCACCGCCUCUGCAACGCGGACAGCCACGAGCUGGAGCAGGCAGUUGGAUCAACAGCAGCUCAACAGAUUUAUACUUUUCUACAUUCCUGACGUGCACGUGCAGUGGUACUUUCCAAAACAAAACCUUGCGAUUUUUCUUCUGAAUUGCAACAUUUUCACUGUAAUAAUCACAUAUCAUUUUGAUUUCUGUAAUCAUAGCUAGCAGCAACUGGCCUCUGAUGCUUCUUUUUUACAUCUGCUCUGUUCAUGUAGAUUAAGCUGUGGAAAUUGCCUUGGAAAGAACUCUGUGUAUUUUGUAUCUAUCUGGAACAAAUAAAAAAGAAGAAAUCUCUUUUUUCAGCAUCAGCGUUAAAAAAUGGAAGAGCAAUCUGCUUGCUUACUUUGGUCUUCCAGAAAAAAACACCAUAUGAAUAUGUGCAUAGUAACUUCUCAGUAACUGGAAAUAUGUUACAUGUGUUUAAAAAGACAGCAUAUAUUGCUUGAGAGAUGCUUUUCACACACCUGCUGAAGGGAAAAGGCAAUUUUACCCUUGGAAAAAUAGGAUAGGAAUAUAACUUAAAAUGCAAGAUCUCAGGAAAACCAAUUCUCUUUACAAAUAGGUUUUGUAAAUCUAUUUUUAACAUUUUUGUAACAUUUUUGAUUUAUGAUUUGUAGUUCCUUUGGAGAGUCCUACUGGAAAACACAUUUGACUUCACACUAACUUAUUUCUCUCGUCACCCCUCCAGUUCAUGGAGUGUUAACAAAUUUAUUCCCAUGUGUCUGAUAUCCAAAAUAUUGGUUAAUUUCUGUUGUCUUUCUGAAUAUAGGUUGGCAUGCUAAUAAUAAAUUGCAAAAUAUUUUGAUAAAUUAUAACUUCUAAUAUGUUAAUUACACUAUCAAUCAUACUAUAAUAUACACUACAAAGAAAAUAUGGAAGCUUUGAACAAAACUGGUAAUUCAUACUACUCUUUCAAUAUUAAUAUUUUGAAAAUCUAUUUGUAAAGCAUAUUGGUUUUCCUGACAUCUUGCAUUUUAUUUUAAGUUAUAUUCUUACCCUAUUUUCUAAGGGUAAAAUUGUCUUUUGCCUUGAGGAGGUGUGUGAAAAGCAUCUCUGAUACCAUUUGGGAGUUUAGACCACAGCAGGAAGGCAGCUGAGGAUUUUCCACUCCCUGCUGUGGUGGGAGCCUUGGCACCUCUGAAAGUCCUCUCUUACACACAUGGUUAGCAUGGACAGCAGGUGGACCUGAUAUUUGUAUUGAUUCUGUACUUGGGAUGAAAAUUUGUCUCUAACUUAGGACAUAAUUAUUUAAUUUAGUGAAUAAUAAACAUCAGAAUUUCCAAAA